GUCGCCGGCCGCCCGCCCUGCAUCGCACGCGCAUCACGUAUAAAAACAGGACUCUAAUUGGAUUCGGACGUUGAGACUUAUGGAAGCAACGUGACAACUAUCAAAAAUGUCAUUUAGAAAUUAUUAUGAUUCAUCGUCUUCGUACAGUAGGAAUCGAGAUACGGCCAGAACAGCCAGUGUAUCUACAGACAGACCAGCAACCGUCACAGCUAAAUACACAACGACACCUUCCUACAAGUCCUCUAGUAUCCCUAUCCUCAAUGAUCGCUCAGCACGCGAAGAAACACCGAUAUCCACAAUCGCCAACCGAUAUGCAAGCUACAGUAAAACUGCGACACCAGAGAAAACGACUUCUAAAUACGAAAAGAAAGAUUAUUCUAAGCUUUCUGUUCCAUCAGUUUCAGCAAAUGUGAACCGAAGUAGAGAUGUUAGCCCCGUCUCAACGACUUCCAAAUACAGUAUCAGUCGAGCUUCACGACACACCAGUCCUGAAAGAAAAACGGCGAAAAGUUACAAAGAAAAAAGCCAAAGCGUAAGUACUGCUGAUCGCGACAAAGACAUUCCAAAUAAGACUGAUAAGUCUACUAAUUACAGUAGUCUAUCGAAUUAUAAACUUUAUCCGCGAACACCGAGUUACUCGAGACCAUCUUCUAGAGUUGACAGUAAACCAGAAGUUACGGUAAACCGAUACGCUAUAGCCAACCGCUUGUCGUCAUCGACCUACUUAAGAAGUCCAACUCCUGUUAAGAGGCCUUCACUGUCUCCUGUCAGUCACUUUGAAGUAAAUAAAAAUGAUCAUGACAAAACGACGAUAUCAAGUUGUGUAUCAGAAGAAAUAAAUGAAAAUCGAAAAGAACAUAGUAAAGGAUGUAACCAAAAUGGAACGGAACUUAUUGUUGAAGAAAACGAUGAAAUUGAAACAAUUUCGGUUAUAACACGACAUACUUCACCUACACCGCCAGGUUCAUCGGCUUAUGUGAGGAUGAGACGAGCAGACAUGGCUAAAACUAUUGAAAAAAUUACUACUCGUUUAAAAAAAAGGCCUCUAAUGGUAGAUAAAGAAAUUCAAUUGGAUAAGCUCGAUGAUCCAACUCGGACGAGCAGAUAUGCUAGUACAAGUAGAACUAGCAUGACUAAUUGGACAUAUUAUUCUCCAAAUGUCAACAGUUACACUGGUUAUGCGGGGAGAUAUUCAACACAGUACUCAAAUUUGCGAGAAAAUUGCAAUAAUGAUAGAAGUAGCCGAAGUCGAAGUAAGGAACCUAUAGAAAAUAAAACUAUCACAACAGGUUCAGAGAACAAAGAGAAAGAAACGGCUUUGACAAACAAUAAUAUAGAAUACAGCGAAGAAAUCAAUAAUGAUCAAAAUAAAGACGGUGCAUCUUCGGAAAUAAUAGUUAAUGUUAAUCUUAAAUUACAAAAAUCUAUAAGUCCACCACCACUACCAACAGCUUCUGAAUCGUCUCCUGAAGUAUUAAAUACAAACAAUCAUCAUUUACCACCUCAACCUCCAAAAUCAGAAAGUGCUGGAAAAAUAAAAAAAAUAAAAAUUCGUAAGUCUAGUACAGACUCUUCUUCCGAUUCAACGCCCACAAAAAAAGUAGUUAAAAAGAGAAGUAAAUCUGUAAGCUCUACUGACUCUGAACAAAAUGGUGAAAAAACUAAGAAACUAAAAGAUCCCACCAAAAUUCCCUCAAAGAAUAUAAGUAAAACACCCUCUAUUACUAACUUACCCAACGGCUGCUCAAAGUUAAAAAGUCCUAAAUCUAGAGAAAGUAAUAGCCCAGAGUCGAGUAUCACACUAUCGACUCAAUCAUCUAUAAGUGAAGAUGAAACAGUAUUAAAGUUAAAAUCAAGUGAUAGUAUAAAAACAAACAAUGAAAAUUAUCCGCCUAUAGAUCAACCAGUUAAACAAAUACAAUUACAGAAAAAUGAAGGUGCGGAAGAAGCCAAAUCAUUUUUAAUACGAGCAUUAGCUCCCGUCACAAAUCUAUUUAAACUUCGACAUCAAGACAAUAGCGACACUAAUCGCCUUUUGGACAGUUCAAAUGUAGAACCAACGAAUAAAGAUAUAAUAAAUAUUAUUAGUGAAAAUGGAUCACAUAAAACCAAAAACAAUACGAGCAACAUUAUAGCUUCGAACGAUGACAAUUUAGUGAAGUUGAAAGCGAUAAGACACAUUGAAUCCGGAGAAAGAGCGUGGUGGUUAGAGUCGGAUUCUGAUCAGAAAAAGAGCAAUGAAAAAGAACGGCGACCAGAAAACACCAACGAAGAAAAAAUCGAUAGUCAAUCAUUACACCCAAAUACAUCGGAGGCAAAGGAUAUGAAGCGGCCAAUCAAAUUAAAUAGUUUUGCGGAUGAUGAGAAGCCUUGGUGGCUAGAUAGUAAUGCAAAUAUACCAGAAGGAAUCGAACGAUUAACUCCACCAAGAAAAUCAUCAAGUGACAGCGACAAAAGUGAUAAAUUUAACUUCUUUAAGAUGCGACAUAUCGAUUCUGGGGAUCGAAAAGAUUGGCGACUAUCUAGUAAUGAAAACAUGCUGAGCAAACAAGAAUCACAAAAUAGCAUAACGUUAAGUAAAUCAGGAUCCGAUCAAAGAAGUUUUCCAAUGAGGCGAAUUCGACACAUCGAGUCUGGUGAACGUCCAUGGUGGUUAUCAAGUGACAAAAACAUUCCGGAGGGUAUUGAAAAAUUACCAACGCCACCUCCACAACAGGAGAGUGACUCCUCAGAUUCGGAAGAAGUCGAGGUUUAUGUACCAUCAAGCCAGAUCCCACCAUUCCCGCUUCAUCUUCCCGAUGACGAGCCACUCGGUGACAGAAGAAGCCCGGAAGGAUUAGAAACUCCGAAUGAGGAUUAUGGAAGAGGCCGCAACUCGCCUUACGAAAAUAAUCGACAGUACAGAAGAGACUCAGCCAAUUUACCGUAUCAAAAAGGCGCUGAGAAAUACAUAUCACGUUAUACGGAUAUCGACGACAUAUUGGGCACUUCGGGCCAGAUUUACAGCCCAUUCAUGGACUCCAUAUUAGCACGCAGAACCGGUCAGAUACCUUUUGACGAUGACGAAUGCGAGGAGAUAGAUCCCACCCAAGUAAGGAUCCACGACAGCACUGCGCAAAUGCCCGUUAUCAAGAAGCUCCGUUGCAGAAGUGAAAUUAUUGACUACCGGGAAGAGGACCAGCUGGACGAUGCAACGCUGCAGGUGUUCAAGGACGGCGACUACGGGCCCUAUUUAGACCUGGAUUCCACUCUCGGGGAACAGGAUGAAGAACUGGAAGGUUUGCAAGACAGUCGCAAAAAUGCGCUGGUCCUUCGCACUCAACUGUCGGUCCGCGUGCACGCCAUCAUUGAGAGAUUACUACACUCCCAGGGGCGGGAGCUGCGACGGGCGUUGUUCACGCUCAAGCAGAUCCUGCAGUCGGACAAGGACCUGGUGCACGAGUUCGUCGCAAACAAGGGCCUCGACUGCCUCAUGCAAGUCGCCACUAUGGCAGAUCACAACUACCUAGACUACAUUCUAAGAGCUCUCGGCCAGAUCCUUCUUUAUGUCGACGGCAUGCACGGCGUCAUGAGUCACAAGCGUUGCGUCCAGUGGCUAUACUCCCUCAUCUCCAGCAAGUUCAGACAUGUCGUCAAAACUGCUCUCAAACUUCUUCUAGUCUUUGUAGAAUACACGGAGAAAAAUUGUCUCAUCCUCAUCGACGCCAUCACCGCCGUAGAUAGUUCCAACAGCAGACAGCCGUGGUUAAACGUAAUGAAAAUCCUUCAAGACUUCGAUGCAUCCGACACGGAACUCCUUAUUUACGCUACAACGCUGAUUAAUCGAUGCCUCAAUAAUGUGCCCGAUAGAGACAUGUACUACGACCAAGUGGACUCCCUGCAGGACCAGGGAAUCGAUGACAUCAUACAGCUGUACAUGUCCAAGCAAGGGACAGACUUAGAUCUCCUAAGGCAAUUGCAAAUAUUCGAAGCUGUGCUUCUGUAUGAAGAUGGUGAUGAAACUGGAACCGCGCUCAAACAACUAGAUGAGUCUGUGAUAACUUCACUGAGGCGAAGAAGUCUAAACCUGAAACCAUCUGAACGACGCAAGUCCAAGAAACUAGAAGUCAAAGAGAAAGCGAAGCCAGUCCAGGUGGAACCAGACAACAUAAUGAGCACACCGCGACCUCAGUACCUGCCAGCCAUUAUCGAUACCAAGGAAAACAAAGAGUUGAGCUCAGUUCUCAAGAGGCGAAGGGACAGGUACGCAAGACAGGCGCAUCACAUUAUACAACAGCAAGAACUGCUGAAUAACUCGAAUGGAAUUUACAAUGGGCUGUUUGAGAAGAACGACCAGUGGACCCCGAAUCGUACCUACAACAAUAACGGAACUUACACAAACACCAAUGGCACAUUCACUAAUUCGAGCUUAAAAUACACCAUAAACGGCACAGUUAAUGGUACCGUCAUAUACAAUUCCAAUGACGUCAAUGGACAAGAGGAGGAGAUGACUUAUACAAACAGAACCAAACCCAGUUACAUACCGGAAGUUCUGAUGAAUGGAAACCAAAGAUACACAACCGGAUUGAAACAGAGGAUCCAGAAUGGGACUUUGGGUCACAGCGUCAACACAACCGAUAUUCUGUCCACGGUGAGGGCCGGACAAGACUUCUCCCCAGACCCAAAAGAUGACAGGGAGAUCCUGCUGAAUCGAGAGCACAGUAUUAAAGACCUUGCUCAGAGGUUGACAAGUCCCCUAACUCCCUCCACGGAAGAGAAGCCUAUAAGGGUCUCCGAAAUGGCAGGAAUCGUAUCGAAAGCCAAAGAAGAAUUAGCCAAAUCAACAUCUAAAGAAAUGAUAAAAAGUCCAGCCAUAGAGAAAAGUACAAAACUACACGAAAUUAAAGUAUCAGAAAAUGAUUUACACUGGGAAGAGUUGAGAAAGGGCUGCAUCAACAGAGAAUUCCACUCGUGUGACCUGGAUUUUUCAGAUCUCAGAUACGAUUCAGAUGAGGAGAUGGAGUCACCAACUUCGAAUGCUAUCCCUCCUCCUCCACCUAACCUAUUGCCCCCUCCUCCACCUAACAUGCUCCCGCCAUUAGGCCUUCCCCCACCUCCACCAAACAAUUUCUUCAGCUUACCCAAAAACUUGCCAAGCAUGACAUCACAAUCAGACAUAUUAAAUGAUUCUAACAGUUCAACGUUAAAGAAGAACAAAAAGACAGUAAAACUUUUCUGGCGGGAAAUUCAAGAGAACCCCGUGCCACCCCCAGCCAGACCCAAAAUAGGGGGAUUCAUUUGGGACGACCUGCCAGAGGUCAGCUUGGAUACUGCGAUGCUAGAACACCUCUUCGAGUCCAGAACCAACGAUUUAAUAAUCAAGGUGAGUUAAAUAGAU